AUGUCCCAGGGCACGGCAGGAGGAGAGAGAGCGCUCCAGGUGCUGCCGGAGGGGAAGGAGAGACAGAGGAAAAGGAGGCGGAAGGAGAGUAAGACGCGGCUGGUGCACUCCAACUUACUGUUACCUGAGGCCGAAGCAGAGAAAUCCAAGAGGACGGUUCUGGCCAGCAACCGUCUUAAGACCACCAAGUACACUGUGCUCUCCUUCCUGCCCAAGAACCUCUUUGAGCAGUUCCACCGCUUGGCCAAUGUCUACUUUGUGUUCAUCGCACUCCUCAACUUUGUGCCAGCUGUUAAUGCUUUCCAGCCGGAGCUGGCUUUGGCCCCUGUUCUCUUCAUCUUGGCGGUCACUGCCAUCAAGGACUUGUGGGAGGAUUACAGCCGUUACCUCUCUGACAAAGAAAUCAAUCACAUGGAGUGUCUGGUGUACAGCAGAAAUGAGAAGAAAUAUAUAAGCCGAUAUUGGAAGGAAGUGAAAGUUGGAGACUUUGUGCAGCUUCGCUGUAAUGAAAUUAUACCUGCUGACAUAUUGCUGCUCUCCUCAAGUGAUCCUGAUGGGCUAUGCCACAUAGAAACAGCUAACCUGGAUGGUGAAACUAACUUAAAACAAAGACAAGUGGUGAGGAGGUUCUUAGAGCUGGACUCAGAAUUCGACCCCUUGAAGUUCACCAGUGUCAUUGAAUGCGAGAAUCCAAACAAUGACUUAAGUAGGUUUCAAGGUUACAUUGUACAUAAAAGCGGAAAAAAGGAUGGACUGUUCAAAGAAAAUCUUUUGUUACGUGGAUGUACUGUUAGAAAUACAGAAGAGGUUGCAGGAAUAGUGAUCUAUGCAGGCCACGAGACCAAAGCUUUGUUAAAUAAUAAUGGACCCCGUUACAAACGCAGUAAGCUUGAAAGACAGAUGAAUGCUGAUGUCCUUUGGUGUGUCCUCAUACUUCUAGUCAUGUGUCUUUUUUCUGCCAUUGGUCAUGGCCUAUGGGUAUGGCAAUAUGGGGAGAAGAAGAAGCCAAUUUUUGAUGUUCCAGGACCUGACGGCAAAUAUUUGUCUCCUGUUUUAGCUUCAGUAUAUUUAUUUCUAACAGUGAUCAUAGUUUUCCAGGUUAUGAUUCCAAUUUCUUUGUAUGUAUCCAUUGAAAUAGUUAAAAUCUGCCAGGUAUACUUUAUUCACCAAGAUAAAGAUUUAUAUGAUGAAGAAACAGACUCUCAGCUGCAGUGCCGAGCUUUAAACAUCACAGAAGACUUAGGUCAGGUGCAGUUUAUCUUUUCAGACAAGACUGGGACACUUACUGAAAACAAGAUGGUUUUCCGAAGAUGCACUGUAUCUGGAAUAGAGUAUUCCCAUGAUGAUAAUGCCAAACGCUUGGCAAUGUACCAAGAACCUGAUUCUGAGGAAGACGAGGCAGCCCCAAAAGGAGGGACUCUAUCCCAGCGUGAUAGUAUCUGCAGCCAUCAGAGCAUCAAAGUAAUCCACAGAGGCCAGAGUACCAAAACCCACCGGCGCACAGGUAGCAGAGCUGAAGCAAAAAGAGCGAGCAUACUCUCAAAGCACACUGCAUUCAGUAGCCCAAUGGAGAAGGACAUCACACCUGAUCCAAGUUUGUUAGAAAAAGUGAAUGAAUGUGCAAAGCAUCUGGAGAUCAUGAGGAGCCAUGAACAGCCAUUAUCCCAUCUGAGUCCAGAACUAUGUGAUAUUUUUGACUUCUUCAUUGCUCUGACUAUAUGUAAUACAGUCGUGGUUACUGCACCAAAUCAGCCCCGACAGAAGGUUAGAGAUCGAUUUGAACUAAAAUCUCCAGUAAAAACCAUAGAAGAUUUCAUACGAAGAUUCACUCCAAGUCGCUUGACCUCUGGAUCUAACAGCAGCAGUUCAUCUAGUCUAGCUACAAGCAAAUCAAUGCACAAGUUUGGUUUAAGUGUGCUUUCAUCUACAUCUACGGAUAGCACUCUGUUAAAACUGGAAGAGAAGCUGGCAUACUCUGCACAGAUGAAUAACAAUGGCUACAGCUCCCAGCAAGGCCGGACAGCUGUCGGGAGUGGACCUGAGGAAGGAGAACUCCGUUAUGAAGCAGAGAGUCCAGAUGAAGCUGCUCUUGUCUAUGCAGCAAGGGCAUAUAACUGUUCUCUGGUCGGAAGGCUGUCUGACCAGGUAUCAGUGGAGCUACCUCACCUGGGAACAUUAAGCUUUGAAGUGUUACAUACAUUGGGCUUUGAUUCCAUCAGGAAGAGGAUGUCAGUAGUGGUCAGACAUCCUCUCACAGGUGAAAUAAAUGUUUACACUAAAGGAGCAGAUUCAGUUGUUAUGGAUCUUCUUCUGCCCUGCUCUUCAGAUGACCCUCGGGGCAAACAUCAAAAAAAAAUCCAAAGCAAAACCCAGAAUUUCCUUAAUCUUUAUGCUGUAGAUGGGCUGCGGACCCUCUGUAUUGCAAAAAGAGUUCUCAGCAAGGAAGAGUAUGCCUGUUGGUUAAAAAGUCAUUUAGAAGCUGAAUCCUCUAUUGAAAAUCGUGAUGAACUUCUGUUUCAGUCAGCACUGCGGAUAGAGAAGAAUCUGCAUCUGCUAGGUGCAACUGGCAUUGAAGACCGUUUACAGGAUGGUGUUCCAGAAACCAUUGCAAACUUGCGCAAAGCUGGGUUGCAGAUUUGGGUACUUACUGGAGACAAGCAAGAAACAGCUGUUAAUAUUGCUUAUGCCUGCAAGCUACUGGAUCAUGAUGAAGAAAUCAUUACUUUGAAUGCUGAAUCACUAGAGACAUGUGCUGCCUUGCUGGAACAGUGUCUGCAAUGCAUAGAGUCUAAAUUUUCAAACAACACAGUAGAUGAAGCUACUGGAAACAUGACUGUUGGGUUCACCCCUCUCUAUCCACCUUCUUCCCCUGUGCUUUCCAGCUUGGGCCUAGUGAUUGAUGGAAGGACUCUAGCUUACGCCCUGGAACCUACACUAGAAGAUAAAUUUCUUUCACUAGCCAAGCGAUGCCGUUCAGUACUGUGCUGUCGUGCUACCCCACUCCAGAAGAGCAUGGUAGUGAGAUUAGUCAGAGACAAACUCAAAGCAAUGACCUUGGCAAUAGGUGAUGGUGCUAAUGAUGUCAGCAUGAUCCAAGUGGCCGAUGUUGGUGUGGGGAUCUCUGGUCAAGAAGGCAUGCAGGCGGUGAUGGCAAGUGACUUUGCAAUUCCAAGGUUCCGGCACUUGGAGAAACUCUUGCUCGUUCAUGGCCACUGGUGUUAUUCCCGACUCGCCAACAUGGUGCUGUAUUUCUUCUACAAAAAUGCUAUGUUUGUGGCUCUUCUCUUCUGGUACCAGUUCUACUGUGGAUUCUCUGGAUCAUCAAUGGUUGAUCAAUGGUAUCUCAUCUUCUUUAAUUUGCUCUUCUCUUCUCUUCCACAACUGAUUACUGGUGUGCUGGAUAAGGAUGUGCCAGCUGAAGUGUUAACUGCUGUACCUCAGCUUUAUAAAAGCGGCCAGAAUAUGGAGGAGUACCAACCACAUAUGUUUUGGAUGAACAUGAUCGAUGCAAUGUAUCAAAGCCUGGUUUGCUUCUUCAUCCCCUAUUUUACCUACUAUGAUUCAGAGGUCGAUGUCUUCACCUGGGGAACUCCCAUCACCACAAUAGCUCUCUUCACCAUCAUACUACAUUUGGCUAUUGAAACUAAAACUUGGACUUUUCUCCAUUGGGCAUCUUGCAUCUUCAGUAUUCUUUUAUUUUUCUUUGUGGCUCUGGUUUACAAUGCUUCCUGCCCAGUAUGCCAUCCUCCAUCCAAUCCCUACUGGACUAUGGAAAGGCUGAUAGGAGACCCUAUGUUCUAUUUCACUUGCAUUAUAUCACCAGUCAUGGCAUUACUGCCCAGAUUUCUGUACAGAACCCUUCAGGGAACACUAUUUCCAACCCAGCUUCAGCUCGGACGCCAGCUAAGUAAACUGUCCCCAGAGAUACGUACCCAGCUUCUGACCAAGUUGAAUGUGAACGAAUCAAGACUUCAAACACAACCCUUUGCAAGCAGCUUUUCACCAAGCUUUGGCUCCAAUACCAGUGAUUGUUAUAAGGCUUAUAACCAAAGCACACCUUUGCCAACAUCUGCAGAAACAAGUGAGUCACUUUUCCAAAAGCACACAAAGGCAGAACAUAAAACACAUCAGACUAUGACUGCCUCUCCCCGGGGUUCUGUGUUAUAUGGAGAAAACAAACUCCCUUCAUCAGCAAGUAGUCUGGAAAGGUCUAUGGGAUUUCAUAAAGUUAGGCACAGCUCUUCAGAGGUGGAAUCCUUGUCUGUGGGAGCAACAUUCCCAUGGAGCUCAGCAGUUGACCAAACAGACUUCAGCUUGUUGAAGUGGAUCACAUCAACUCCGCUGUUCAGUCGCAUUGGGACUGUUUUACAGGUGUCAUCAAGCAGUUUACAAAAUGAAACACAGGACAGUAUGUGUGUGCUUGGCUCUUCUUUGCAUGUGGACUUCAAAGGCUUAAAAGAACAGAGCUCAAAUAACUUGCAGGACAAAAUGAAAGGGACCCCAGCUGAUCAUUGUAAAAGUGACAAUUCCGAGACCACCUUUUUAUGA